AUGACUUCCAUUUUGGCAGAGGACGAAGGGCAAGCAGGAUGUGCGGCAGGCAUGUUCUUCUGUCCGAAGGAGACUAGUUGUAUCCCCAUGGAUUGGGUGGGAGAUGGAGAAAAUGAUUGUGAAGAUGGGGCUGAUGAGGUCGGCCAAGUUCCUCGAAGUGAUGGGCCAGUCAAGAAUAAGGUAUGAUUUCUUUAGAGAAAAAUGUGGCCGUUUUUAGCUACAUUCCUUUUACUUUAGAUUCAAAUACCGGGUUUCUUAAUGAGAAAAGUGGUCCAGGUUGAUCAUUUGCCUAAAUUAUUUCAAAGUUUCAGAACAAAUCGUUGCCCUCCGGAGAUCCCUUCUCGGAAUCCCAUCAACAAGAUCAACCAGCCCCGCAAAUCGGCCGAAAUCCCCCUCAAAAUCCGGCCGACUGUUCCGAAAGUCAUCGAACAGCCAUGACAGCCUGCGUUGAAAAUCUUGACGCAUGGGUGGUCGAUCUGGCCGCUUCAAAUUAUUCUGAAGUCUCCAUCUUCAACGAUGAGCUGAGUAUGGCGAAGAUCGAGCAAGGAUGCGCUCUUCUGCAAGAGUUCUCCAGCUGUAUGGAUGGAUUGCCGGCUAGCUGUGUCCCCGAACAAAAGCCUCUUCAGGAUUUCCAAAAGAUCCAGAUGUAUGCGUGCGAAUUGUUGGUUCCUUCGUUGAAGGAGCAUUUGGCUUGCUUUGGAAAGGCGAGAGAUGCAAAAUGCCCCAUUCCGUAAGAUUAGAGCACCUUAUUGUUGCGUAAUGUCUCUACAGGGUGUCCAGAGAAAUGUGCCGGAAAGUUUUUGUCGAUUUCUGGGCGCUCAAUAAAGAUUUCCGAAAAAUUCUUUUUGCAGGAUAAAGAAGAAUAUGGGCGGUUUUUUGUGCAAAAGAAUCAUUUUCUUCGCCAGCGCGGAAGGCAGUGUAUUCGGCGGAGACUUUUGAUCGCUUUUAUGAUAAUCGCACCAACUUUAAACGCUUUAUUAUGAACUUUGAUGGUUGAAACAAAGAUAUUUGCAUAUUUUCAUGUUUACCAAGUGUUCGGCGAAGGUAUGGCGGACGCUCGCCGAAUCGGCGGAGGCCAUAACUCAGCUGCGGACAAGACAUGGUCCAACACAAUUUUUAUGGCCUGGCUAGAACACCCUUCUGGCUUCGUAUGCCUUCGAAAAUUUUGUCACCAAGCUUUGGCAGAAGCUAAGCCAUCGGAAAACCACUUGGUGCACCAGAAAACAACAAAAUAUUUUUUGUUCAAAUUUCCUUUUGCCUUGCUGUUUCAAACCUCCGCACGGUGCACUCGGACUUUAUCGGUGUUGCAGCGACAGGCUGCACCGUGCAGUCGCUAUAUGGGAUCGCAUUGCGAUGUCGCUGUCUGUGUGAUUUAUUCCGUCGAAAAUUUGAAGACUUUCCGGAAGUUUCAGCAUCUAAUAUAGCGUUUAAAAUUGGUGUGAUGGCCAAAAAAGCAAUCAAAAGUCUCCGUCGAAUACACUACUUUCCGCGCUGGCGGAAAAAAUGAUUCUUUCGGACAAAAAACCGCCCAAAUUCUUCUUUAUCCUGCAAAAAGAAUUUUUCGGAUAUCUUUAUUGAGCGCCAAGAAAUCGACAAAAACUUUCCGGCACAUUUCUCUGGACACCCUGUAUAAAUCACCAUAGCGGUAAUCGUAAUUUUCUUUCAGGAUUUCUCCCGCCGACAACUCUGUAAUCUGUAGAGUGGUGGCUUCAGUCCACACCGAUAUCAACUGCGUCGCACAGAUCCGUCCCACGGAAUGUGAUGAGGUCGCCGUUGAAUUGUUCGAGCCUAUGCGUCAAGAAACUCAACAUGUUCUCGACGAUCUUCAUUGCAAUGGCCGAGCAGCUCUCCCAUCCAGCCCCGUUGUCGCUACAAGCUCUGGAAGACCAAUCGUUGAAGCGCCAACAGACGAACAAACACCAACAAGUCCGGUUGAGCAGUCUCCAACUAGUCCAGUUACCAGCCCCGUCGAGCCUGUUUCUCCUGCUUCUCGCGGGCCUGCUCCGGUCUCGCAGCCAAGUCUGCCCGACGAUGGAAAACAAGAAUCGAAUGAAAUCACCGUUAUCGAAGAGCCAUCGACCAACGACAAGUCCACCGAUGAACGUACACAAAAAGUUGAAGCAGUUCAGCCAAACAAAAAAGUUAAUCCAAAGUCGGAAAAACGACCAACAACUACUUCUACAGGCCUCCCAACGACAGUUAAAGAGAGCUCUGACAAGGUUCUGGACUUGUCCAACUCAUUGUUCGCCUUUGGAAAUGUUGAGCAGAUUUGUGGCAGCGAAUCCAAAGACGAUGUUUGGGUGGCUGUGAGAAAGAGAAUUUGCCAGAGAAAGGAAGAUCUGAUCCCACACAGCAACUGCUUCUUGGAAACUGCAUUGAAAGAUAAGCAAUGUGUUGCGGACAAAGUAAGUCAAUUGAUUCAUCUCCAUGCGUAAUGAUAAAUAAUGUAAUCAUUAAAAAUGAAUUCUUUUCAGACUCCAAAAGCCUCCCCCUGUGCCGCUCUCGAAGCCUUCAACAAAAACGUUGACUGCAUUAUCGUCACUCUCAACGACUUGUGUCCAGUGGAAGCUCAGGAUGUUGUCAUUGCAAUUCAAGAAAGUCUGAACGACGAGACGAUCGAUUUGAAAUGUUAUGAAGAAAAGGACAAGAUGCAAAGAGAAGAGGAGAAACAGAGUGGCCAAGAGAAUGGAGAUGGCUUCACUCUUCAGCCUUUGAAUCCAAGAUGUAAUGGAGAUCAGGUAUGGUGUUUUUUACAAUACUUGACGGUAUUUUAGGAAAAUUCGGCGCUUGUUUGUUUGGUUGAAUUGGUUGAAAUCAACAAGAAGUUGGCUCAAUUCCACACAGUCAACUUCUUACUCGAGGUCUCUGAUUCGGAUAGCAAGUUAAUGAAUGAGAUUUGCGAUCUCUACGGGAAGUACGACAAGUGCUUAAAUGAGAGCGUAUUCUCCAAGAACAAUGGACAGCGAUGCUCUUUCAACUCGCCUCUGAAUACGUUGGCCAGGUAAAGCUUUUUGACAUUUUCAGCUACAAAGACUUUAAAUUUUUUUGGUAUAGUAUGAGUUCAACUGGGCAUAGUGAAAGUUGACGAUGAUUUUAUUUUCUAGAAUUGGCCUUUCGCCCAUUUGCACCCCCAAAUACCGUCAACUUCUUGUUCAAUCCCGCGAAUGUUUGGUCAAAGUUUCGGCCCAACCAGCUUCUGCCCAAUGCCAGGCCGGUCUUCACCAUCUCGGAGAUAGCGUUGGAAAGAUGAUCCAAGGAAUUCAUGGAGAAGCCUUACUCUGCAAAUCUUUUUACACUCUCCGUGAGGCGUUCGUCUGUGGCGAAAGCCUUAUUCAAAAAGAUUGCGAGGCUAAAACUGUGGAGGAUUUGAAUAAUCUCAAGGAAUUGGUGAGCUAACUACAUUUUGAAUUUGUAUCGUAUUUAAUUUUAACUUAUUGAAUAUUUUUUUCAGAUGACCUCCCUUGGUCUUGAGGAAGGUUGUCCAGCCCAAGAGCCGGCCAAUUUGAACGAGAUCAUCAGCCGGCCAGUCCAGCCGAUCCCAGUCCAGAAGACAGGCGCUCCCAUGGCUCGGCCAAUGUCUCCGGCUACUCCAACUCCAGCCUCCACUUGUGAAGCUCAUGAGCAGACCCAGUUUGGAGAGUGUGUGAAGCCAUUGACCGCUUUCAAACCCCAUCCAUUGGCGGUUGUUGCUCAACCAAAAGAGAUCGAUCAAGCUUGUGAGGCGCAUAAGAAGUUCUUGGAAUGCCGAAAGAACUUACAGGUGAGAAAAGUCAUUCUUUUAUCUAAUUUCCAUAAGUUUUACAGCUUUUCAAAGGCAUCUCAUAUUGAUGAUUAAUUCAAAUUAACAAAAUUCGUUUAGUGUUUCCCCUUGUGGGCCCGAGGAAUGUCAGCAAUGUUUGAUUACGCUUGCAAUGACGGUGCCUCCAAAUAUUCGGGCAUCAAACAAUGUGUUCGCAAGGUAACCACCAGAAAUGACGUCAGAGAUUGUGUCAAUACCUUCUCUAAAUCAGCUCCUCAAGAAGCAUGUGUGUCCACUAACCAUCUCCUGAGCUGCGCCUUGCCUCCAAUCACUGAGAAGUGUGGUCAUGUGGCCAAGGAAUUCGUUACCGAGUAUGUGAGGAAGUUUGCCAAUACCAUUGAUCCCAAUUGCAAGGUGGGAGAAGAGUUCAAAGAAGAAGGUGAGUUAUUGGUCCAUCUGAUAAUCUUGUUAUUACAAAAUAUUCCUUUUGUCAUCAUUUUCUUAUCAUCAUAUUUUCAGCUGUCAAAGCUAUCAACACUUUCAACUGCACUGCCAACGAAGACCAGAUCGUUGAACAUUGUUCAGCUCCUCUCAACGACAUCUCAGCUCGGCUGGAUGACUUGUUCCAUGGCGGUCUUCAAUCCAUCCUCAAGAAUCUCAACAGUCUUGCGCCGGUCUUUGCGCAAGGCUGCAAUUUGACCGCUGAAUUCCGAACCUGUGCCAAGCCCAUUCUUGAAAGAGAUGGCCCUUGUGUAAUAUCCAGUUGUCUUGUGCGAGCUGGCAAUGGGAUUUGCAAUCAACCAGACGUCGUCGAAGCCAUUGACACAAAUUUGGGAUGCAUCUUCAAACAAGUCAACCACCCGGAAUUCGGGAAAUGCUUGAGGAACACAAUUGCGACCUUGAAGGACAUCAAUCUGGCCAAAUUGAAGGCUGUUCUUCCUCAAUUUGUGGAGUGUGUGGAACCGAUAGUGGUUGAUAAAUGCGGAAUUGUGCCUGUAAAUGUUCUCAAGGCAUUGGGAUCACGCGAGACAUGUCCGAUCGGCUUCAUCCCGGAGCCUCUGCUGGAAGCUGCACCAGUUACAACUACUCCCGCCACUUGCACUGAUGAGAUCAAGAAGAACUUUGAGGAAUGCACCAAAAAGAUUGUUGAGAAAUACCCCUUCAGAGCAAUUAGUUUGGUCGGAAAGGGUGUCACUGGAGAACAUGUAAGGAGAUCAACGAAUAUGGGGUUUAAUUGUGUUGCUUUAGGUUUGUCAUGACGCAGAUGCCUAUCAGCAAUGUUACGAGAAACUUGGGGUAUGUCCAGAGACCGCUGAGUCAUCGUCCCUUCGCAAUGUUCUCAACCAACUCUGUUCCGCCCGUGCCGUUCUCGAUCAGCAUCGCUCUUGUUUGGCUGAAGUCGCCGAAAGCCCUAAAGGCAAGGACUGUUUGAAAGCCGAUGAGUCUUGUGAAUCGAUCAACUCAGGGCUCCAAUGUAUUGCCGAAAGCGUCAACGAACAGUGUGGUCCAGACGCUCUUCAAUUCGCUUUCAACGCGAUGAACGACCGAAAGAGGGAAUGCGGAUUGCAACUUCCUUCCGUAGCCCUUCAGACUGGCUGUAGCGAAGACCAGUUGAUCUCAUAUCUGGAGUGCGACUCGGUGAUUGACUCUUUCCACUUCCAACCAAUCACUUUUAUCAGGUAUGGAUUAUUAAACACAGAUUUAUCAGCCGUUUGAUCAAGUUUGGUAUGCUGAUAACUAAUGCUGACUUCUUUUAGUAACUCCUCCGAUUGGGACCACUUCUGUAAGGUCGUUGAGGCAAAAUACCGACCAUGCCUGGACAAGCUGACUUGUCGUUUCGAGCCAGUUUCUACGGCUUCCUUGACGUUGUUUGAGAACCUUUGCGAAAGAGAAAUCACUCGAAGGGAUCAACGGAAGUUCGCUGAGUGUUUGUCUGAAGUCGCUGAUAACACCGAGGGCCAUAAGUGCCUUGAGGCAUAUAAGGUAACAUUUAAAAAGCUCUUGAACAGUUGGACGCUUUAUUUUUUUUAGUUUUUGUAUUUUACUAUGAUGAUGACAUGUAUAAUAUAAAAAAUUUUAGCAAGUGGAUCUGCUAGCCAAGAACGCCAAUGAGCAAGUGUGUUCGGCAGUCAACGACAUCCUCAACUGUGCUUCUGGAGCCAUCAGCAAGCAGUGCGGAGACGACGCCCUUCUUCAUGUUUAUGAUAUCCAUACCACUUGGGUUCAGGUAUUCAAUGCCACUUGUGUGUUGCAGCCAGCAAACUUCGAAGAGAAGAGCAAGAUCACAACUUCGAGGCCUAUUCUGAAGGUGAGAAAGGAGUAUCUCUUUAUUGAAAUAGGCGACUUUUAUUUUACAUUUCUUUAGAUUGCCAUUGAAGUUCUAGCUUUAUGAUAUUAUGUAAUGUUGCUGUUUUACAACAUUUUUUUCAGACCAAGCAGCCCGAAUCCUCACCAGAGCCGAUCCCCGAGCCCGAGCCAGAGCCCUCUCAACCACCUCAUCAUGUGGAUCUCCUUGAUCAUGACCAUCAUCACACAUCUCCCCAGCCUGAGCCCGAGCCGGAACCCACUUCGGCCCCUCCAGCAUCUGGAACAGAAAGUCUUACGACGACAAUAUUUGGAUCCAUGGCUUUAUUAGUAGCACUCUACUUGAUGUAA